GUUUGUGUGUGGGUCCCUCUAAGUUUUAAGUCCUGGUUUUUUAUCUCUACUUUGGAUCAGGGUCUAGUUUGAGGUAUUUGUUGUCUGGGACAGGGUCUUAUGUGGUUUCUGGGACCGGGGCUUGCUCAGAGCCGGUCUCUGCCCUCCCCUCUCUGUGCAGGAACCUUCAGGCUGAGUCUGAUAUGAGGUCCUCGAGAGUCCUGACAGCAGACAGGAUGGAUGUUAUAAAGGUGCUCUUAUUUUGAAGGAUUCCAAACCGGAAGUUCUUAGUGACGCGUUUGGCGGAAGCAGCGGAGGACUGAACUUCUCAUUCUGACCCGAGUCCACAAAGUCUGGUAGAGUCGGUCCCGGUGGUCUUGGUCCCGUUGUGACCCGGUCUCUGUUAGCUGUUAGCCUCAAUCCGGUAAAGAUGGCGGCAGGAGGACCGUUCCUCUACGACCUGCCGGCCUCCGUACUAUGCGAGUUCUGCUGGAUCAUGGACGGACUGUCGGACCUAGACUGGACCCGCUUCGCCUCUGAGGUGCUGUGUGAUCAGACCUCUCUGCGAUUGGCUGAGAGGAGGGAGAGGCGGACCGAGUGGGUGAUGAACCAAUGGGGGAACAGGAACGGCCGUGUUGAGGAGCUGGUCCACCUGUUGGAGCGUCUGCAGCUGCUCCGCCCUCGUGAUGUCAUUCAGACCUGGACUUCCAGCCUGAGGUCUUCCUCUUCUCCCCUCCCUCCCGCUUCAUCUCUUCCUCAGUUUGACCCUCCUCCAAAACCGUCUCAGGCCCCGCCCACUCAGAGCACCUGCAGGCUGUCAGACGUCGUUGAAGGAGGAGGAAGACCUCUCCCCAGACCUGCCCCGCCUCCCCCUGACCUGCAGUCUGUCCCCUAUCAUCCACCCCAGCGCCCCCUGGAGGUGCCGUGCGGCGGCGUGAUGAGCUGGUCGUAUGAAGAGGUGCAUGCUGGGACGGAGGGGUUCUCCCCCUCCCUGCAGGUGGGGGAGGGCGGGUUUGGAGUCGUGUACAGAGCGACUCUGAAUAAGACGGACUGUGCGGUGAAGAGACUCCGUGAACAGGGCUGUUUGAUGGAGUGGGAUCGGCUGAAGGAGAGUUUUCACACUGAGGUGGACAAACUGACCAGGUUCAGACACCCAAACAUCGUUGAUCUGCUCGGCUUCAGUGAAGGACCCGAGUGUGUGUGUCUCAUCUACACUUACAUGGAGAACAGAUCUCUGGACGACCAGCUGCACAAUGAGGCUGGCGCCCUCUCCUGGUCUCAGAGGGUCGGUGUUGUUGAAGGAGCAUCAAGAGCUCUGCAGUUCCUUCACUGCCCCCCUGCAGGACAUAAACCCCUGAUCCACGGGGACGUCAAGAGCUCAAACAUUCUGUUGGACCGGUACCUGGAGGCGAAGCUGGCAGACUUUGGUGUGGCCCGGUUUGCGAGUCCCAGCUGGUCGGGCCGCUCUGCGUCUCAGACCACGUCUAUUGGGAAGACGGAGACGAUUCGGGGGACGGUGGCGUACCUGCCUGAUGAGUACCUGAGGAACGGUCAGCUGGGCACCGCCGUGGACGUGUUCAGCUUUGGAGUGGUUCUACUGGAGAUCCUCACGGGACGACGAGCGCUGGAGAGAGACACCAAGUCAGGAGGAGACAGAUACCUGAAGGACCUGGUUGAGGACAGUCCAGAUGGUGUGUGUGCAGCAGCUUUUAGGCAACAGCUGGACCACCGGCUGACCUCAGGGGGCGCUGCAGAUCCUAUUGGCUGUGUGGAGGUCUGGGCUCUGGCCUGCAGUUGUCUGAACAGGAACAGGAAGAGGAGACCGUCCAUGGUUCAGGUGUGCGACGAACUGCAGGAAAUCCACAGGCGUGUGAGGAGGACAGACUCCGCCUCCUCCCCCCUACGUCACCCUCCUCCCCCUCACCUUCAGCCCCACUCCUCCCACCUCCACCGACGCCCCCGUCCUCAGGACUACAGUGUGGAGGUGCUGUCCCAACAGAUGUCCAAACUGGGACCACUGGAGGACACCUACCAGCCCUGCAUGUCCUCCUCCUCCUCCUCCUCUUUCUCCUCUUCCUCCUCUUCCUCCUCCUCCCUUGCCCCUCCUGACCCCUUACACUCCUCCUCCUCCCUCCCCCUCUCCUCCUCCUCCCUCCCCCCCUGCUCUUCGUCUUUCAUCGGUCCGUGUGAAACCGACGAGAGUCGAGGUUUCUCCCAGUACAACCUUCAGUCCCAGUGCAGAUCUAACGGGUCCAGCUCAGGGUCUCUGCCUCUACACACCAGAGACCAGUUCCUCAGUCCAGCCGGGCCCUCAGAGUCCCAGUUCACUCAGCCCUCUGUCCCCACUGAGGACCAGUACAACUUCCCUCCCCUACCUGGCAGCACCUGUGACAGUGCAGGGUCCAGGUUCCUAACAGGACAGCCCCCAGGACCAGAGACCGGAGGACCAACCACCGGGGGGACCACAGCAGGUCUCUACAGUGCCCCAGGAAGCCUCUCUCCUGUGGGGUCCCUGCAUUCCUCGUCCUCAGGACCCUCAGGAGCCUCAGGACCCUUAGUGCUCCUGAAUCCCAGUAAGCUGCGGCUCCUGCAGAAGAAGACUCUCUACGACGACGGGAAGAUCCGGACUCCUGAUCUGCUUUCAGACCAAGACCUCUAUGGAGGGACGAGCUCUGUGGAGGGGAGAGGACCAGAGGAGAGCGAUGAGCUGGAUUACCUUCCUGCCAAACACACCUGACAGAAUGGCGGAGCAGCUCUUCCUCCUGAGGACUCCUCCUCCCCCUCCUUGUCUCUGUGUGUGUGACCUGAACACACAGCUGACUGAAUGAUAUGUCCUUUUUAUAUUUAUUACCACAGCCCUGUUAAUGAAGCUUAGCACAGGUCUGAGAGCCCCCUGGUGUUACCUGAGGAAGAAGUGACGCUGUGUAAAUCUGAUAUUAUUAUACUUUUAUACAAAUAAAAGAUUUAUCAUUUCAUA